UGCAUUUGUUUCCUUCUUUAACUCUAAAGUCUAUUUCUUUAUAGGCCAAAUGAGUUAUUUGAAGCAAUACCUCAACAAUUCAGGGAAAAUAAAUGUUAGAAGGAAGAAAGUUUUUUUUCCCUUGCAUAAAUUAUCUGGAUUAAUGAUGUACAUUCAAUAAAUUUUCUAGAUAAAUGUCCAGCAAAAUAUUUUCAGUGUCACACAGUGUCAGUGAUUUUUAUUUGGAUUCAUAUGUGUACCUUUUCUAUACAAACCUUAGACUAUUAGACUAUUAUUUCACUAUUCUUUAUUGCUUCCUUAAGGCAAAUACAUACUUUUAUUUUAAAUGUAAGAGAAAAUAUUUUUCUAGGGAUUGAAUUCUACCUCGAUCCAUAAUGGAUGAAAAUAGUGUUUCUGUAGCUUUCCCUUCUGGCUGAUUAGCAGGGGAAAAUGCUAGCAAGUAAAUUAAAUUACAGAACUGAGACCAUUUACUUUACUAACAAAGCCUUAGAGCUACUAGCGUACUUAAACUUCUUUUUAUCACAAAGCGUACAGUGAUUAAACAACGAAUAAAUGAAACCUGCAUUUGAUUUCAAAGCCUCACUGCAACAAACACUUAUAAAGGCAUAGAGACCCAGAAGAGGCCUUCGGUAGCAUCUGCUUCUGUGUGUUCACUUACAACCUAGGGAAGUGAGGCCCAAAGAGGAAUCCCCGUCAGAAGUGCCAGCCUGCCGCUGUUCUCUGAUGCCAUGCCAGCACCAACUCAACUGUUUUUCCCUCUGAUCCGUAACUGUGAACUGAGCAGAAUCUAUGGCACCGCGUGUUACUGCCACCAGAAACACCUCUGCUGUUCGUCGCCCUACGUUCCUCAGAGUCGCCUGCGAUACGCACCCCACCCAGCCUAUGCCACCUUUUGCAGGCCGAAGGAGAGCUGGUGGCAGUACAACACCCAGGGAAGGAGAUACGCCUCCACGCCGCAGAGAUUUUACCUCACACCCCCGCAGGUCAACAGCAUCCUGAAAGCCAACGAAUACAGCUUCAAAGUGCCAGAAUUCGAUGGCAAAAACGUCAGUUCCGUCCUUGGAUUUGACAGCAAUCAGCUGCCUGCAAAUGCACCCAUCGAGGACCGGAGAAGUGCAGCUACUUGCUUGCAGACCAGAGGGAUGCUCUUGGGGGUUUUUGACGGCCAUGCCGGCUGUGCUUGUUCCCAGGCAGUCAGUGAGAGACUCUUUUAUUACAUUGCCGUCUCCUUGUUGCCCCAUGAGACUUUGCUAGAGAUUGAAAAUGCAGUCGAGAGUGGCCGGGCACUGCUGCCCAUUCUCCAGUGGCACAAGCACCCCAAUGAUUACUUCAGUAAGGAGGCGUCCAAAUUGUAUUUCAACAGCUUAAGGACUUACUGGCAAGAACUUAUAGACCUCAACACUGGGGAGUCUACUGAUAUUGAUGUGAAGGAGGCUUUAAUUAAUGCUUUCAAGAGGCUUGACAAUGACAUCUCUUUGGAGGCUCAAGUCGGUGAUCCCAAUUCUUUUCUCAAUUACUUGGUGCUUCGAGUGGCAUUUUCUGGGGCCACUGCUUGUGUGGCCCAUGUAGAUGGCGUCGACCUUCACGUGGCCAAUACCGGCGAUAGCAGAGCCAUGCUGGGUGUGCAGGAAGAGGACGGCUCUUGGUCGGCAGUCACUCUCUCAAAUGACCACAAUGCUCAGAAUGAAAGAGAACUGGAACGGCUGAAAUUGGAGCACCCAAAGAAUGAGGCCAAGAGCGUGGUGAAACAGGAUCGGCUGCUUGGCUUGCUGAUGCCUUUUAGGGCUUUUGGAGACGUAAAGUUCAAAUGGAGCAUUGACCUUCAAAAGAGAGUGAUAGAAUCAGGCCCAGACCAGUUGAAUGACAAUGAAUAUACCAAGUUUAUCCCUCCUAAUUAUUAUACACCUCCUUAUCUCACUGCUGAGCCAGAGGUGACUUAUCACCGAUUAAGGCCACAGGAUAAGUUUCUGGUGUUGGCUACUGAUGGGUUGUGGGAGACGAUGCAUAGGCAGGAUGUGGUUAGGAUUGUGGGUGAGUACCUGACGGGCAUGCAUCACCAACAGCCAAUAGCUGUUGGCGGCUACAAGGUGACUCUAGGACAGAUGCAUGGCCUUUUAACAGAAAGGAGAGCCAAGAUGUCCUCGGUAUUCGAGGAUCAGAAUGCAGCAACCCAUCUCAUUCGUCACGCGGUGGGCAACAACGAGUUUGGAGCUGUAGACCACGAGCGCCUCUCCAAAAUGCUCAGUCUUCCUGAGGAGCUUGCUCGGAUGUACAGAGACGACAUAACAAUCAUCGUGGUUCAGUUCAAUUCUCAUGUUGUAGGGGCAUAUCAAAACCAGGAAUAGUGGGUGGGUCUUACCCUGGCAAUUUUCAAAUGAAACAGAUUUAAGGGGCAGAUAGAUUUGUGAAAGAUACUAAUAUAAUAAGGGUUUCCAGUAGGUCACUAAACAUUUACCCAUUGAUACUCUAGCUGGUCAACUCCUCCAAAUUGACUUUGCGGCAGGGUGGCAGGAUCACGAGGGUCUCAUUCUGCCUAGCUCGGACCUCACGGCACCUGUGAUUGAGGCGAGUCCGUUCCUUGUUGCAAAUGUCUCAUGACAUUGGCUUCUUUUAUCGAUCUGAGAAAAUCAAGAUGACCUGGCAAGUAGGAUCUUGAAUAGGCCAAAAGCCAGGAUCUUGCUGGGCGUAUUCUCUUGGUAAAAGGGAAGAAACAUUCUGUUCACACCUGCAGACCCUUCUCGUCACUAAGAUUCCAAUGUACAUGAGAAUGUUUAUUUAUUGCAUGACUUCCUAGAUAUACAAACUAUGCAUUAUUCAUAUAAAUUUAUUUUAGCCUGAAGUGGUUUUCAAAUCCAGUACUUAAGCCAUAAAUGACUGAGAACCAAGCAGUCUGAAUUUGUAAGUGUUUGUGAUUAUUUGACUGGAAUGCUUCUUAAAUGGAAAAACAAACUACUCCCUUCACCACCCCUGGUUACCUAAUGUAAUUGAAACUUUUUCUGUUUUGCCACAUGCUUGAACACAGUGUUUUUAGUUUGGUCCACUCUUAGAUUGAUGUUAAAUGAAGAAAAAAGAAUUAUUUUUUUAGUUUGUAUUGAUGAAAUGAUUUCAUUUAGUUUGAAAUAAAAAGAUCCAGAAUAAAAAGAAGAGACUGUUCAAUUAUUGUCAUCUGUAGCCACCAAGCACAUCAUGCUUAUCUCGUAAUCCCCACAGGCUUAGCAUGCUGUGUGUGGUGGGUAGACUGUUCAGGAGAUCAUCCUUCCAGUUUAGUCGUGAUAAGAAUGUUCUGCACUUUUUGGAAUUAAGUUUAAAUAUCAAAUUGGGGAGUAAGAUUUAAUAUUACUUUUGGUUAUUGAGACCAGGGAGGGAGUUUUUGUUUUUCUCCAUGUAGACAUAGGUCAGUUAAAAUAUUUGGUUUAAAAAUCACUAAAUGCUUUAAACAUGUUGUAGCUUAUAAAUAGGAAUUUAAGAUAUAUACGUGAGAAAUUUUCAAAGGUAACUGUUGUGCAUGCCUGAUGCUUAAUAGAACACGUAGUAGCAUCAAGUGUUGUUUGCAGCAGUCCCUGUAAUUAUAUGCAGUCCCUUCUAAUGCUGUAUCAAAAUAAAUGAAAAUAAACAUUCAGAUUGGC